CUUCCGUUGCCCAUGACACCGGAGCGAAGUUCUGACAGCUGAUUCCUAAAUCAGUUCAUAUCCAUUUCGUGCCUCCAGGGCGUCAUUUUUGAGGUUAUUUACAGGCGCACGGAGCUGCUACGACCCUCGGCUGGAGUUGCAGACUGCGGCCCGAGCAGAGGAGGGGCGGCUGAUUAUGGUGUAGCGCGGAGCGCUAGCUCUGAGACAGCAGGCAUUUGAGCAGCAGUGCAUUGCAGCACGGUGCACCGUGGUUUUGACAGUCAUAUCACAUCAGCGUAGCCAUGCUCACGUUGGCCAGUAAGCUGAAGAAAGAAGACGGAGGAAAGACAGGCCGUGCCUCCGGAGCCUCAGACUCCACCCACAGGGUCUCAAUCAGAGACCGCCUCCUUACCAAAGAAGUUGCCGAACUUGAAGCCAAUCUUCCUAGCACAUGCAAAGCCAGUUUUCCAGAUGAGGAUAAGCUGCAUCAUUUUCAGCUGGCAGUGUCUCCUGAUGAGGGUUACUACCAAAGUGGAAGGUUUCAAUUUGAAAUAGAUGUCCCUGAAGCCUAUAACAUGGUGCCUCCUAAAGUGAGAUGUCUGACCAGAAUAUGGCAUCCCAAUAUCACGGAGAAUGGAGAAAUCUGUUUGAGCUUAUUGCGGGAGCACUCUAUUGAUGGCACAGGCUGGGCCCCCACUAGAACAUUAAAGGAUGUGGUCUGGGGAUUGAACUCCUUGUUUACUGACCUUUUGAACUUUGAUGACCCGCUGAACAUUGAUGCAGCAGAACAUCAUCUGAGAGACAAGGAGGACUUUCGGAAUAAGGUUCAAGAUUACAUCAAGAAUUACGCCAGAUGAUAAAAGCAUUGGUGACCCGCUGCAGCCUGCACCAACUAACCAAACUGCUCUACCUUGCCUCUGCUUCUCUUGGCCAACUCC